UUGUUGUUAUUCUACAACCCCAGUUUCUCGUAAAACUUUUCUAAUAAUUAACCUGAUUUUUUUUUUCUGUAAAUAUGUCUCGGAACCAGAUCUACUAUUCCAACAGGUACAAUGACGACCACUACGAGUACAGACAUGUUGUUCUGCCUCGGGAGAUGACUAAAUAUAUCCCAAAAUCCCACCUGAUGUCUGAAGACGAGUGGAGACAGCUGGGAGUGCAACAGUCCCAGGGAUGGAUCCACUAUAUGAUACAUGAACCAGUUCAUUUAAAUGCAGGCCCAGAUGCCGAGAUGCAUCACCAGAAUGGCUGCAGAGUCGUAGGACUUUGGCUAGCCACACAUCCUUCUGUUCAGAAGACCUCUACCUCCGAAGCAAUGACACAAGACCCCAGCCUCGCACUACUGGAAGAGUCCUCCUGUGAUCUUUUAUUUAAGAUUAUUAAGUGUAUAUUGUCUGGCUGCUCACUGCAGCAUGUGAAUUUCUCAGCUUUUUGAUGUAAUCCCUCUGAUUUGUUUGCCUUUUUUUUUUUUUGCGGAGAAAGGAGGAAGAAAUCUUCUUUGCGACUUCAAACCGAAUUUAUAAAUUAGAGAUGGUCAAAUCUGGUGUCAGUCUCUCUGUGUGUUCAGUUACAUUUGUUUAAUUGUCAUGCUCUGACCUUUACAGUAAUAAACAACCUGCUAACCACCUCCUGUUUUGGGGUUAUGUUCC